AUGUCAGAUAUCGAAAAACAAGCAACUCCACCAAUACACAGAGAUAGUAAUACACCAACAUAUGCUGGGAAUAAUCCAGGUUUCAAUGAUGCUGAACCAGAAGUUUCCAAAAUCUCACACGGUGGUGAAAAUAAUGAGUACAUCUUCAUUGGUAAUACAAAAGUUUUAAAAUCUGAAUUAGUUUCAGCUUUCGGUGGUACUUUACAACCAGGUUUAGCUGCUCCAUCAAUUCAUAAAUUUGCCAAUCCUGCCCCUCUAGGACUUUGCGGGUUUGCCUUGACAACAUUCAUGCUAUCAAUGUAUAAUGCCCGUGCUAUGGGUAUCACAACCCCAAAUGUCGUUGUUGCUUCUGCAUUUUGGUAUGGUGGUUUAGUUCAACUCUUAGCUGGUAUGUGGGAAAUUGCUUUAGAAAAUACCUUUGGUGGUACUGCUUUGAGUUCUUAUGGUGGUUUUUGGUUAAGUUAUGCUGCUAUUAAUAUUAAAUGGUUUGGUAUAGGAGAAGCUUAUGAAGACAAACAAGAACUGGCAAAUGCCGUGGCCUUCUUCUUAUUAGGAUGGGUAAUUUUCACGUUUGGUAUCUUGCUUUGUACGUUGAAAUCUACUGUGGCAUUCUUUUCGUUAUUCUUCUUCUUGGAGAUUACAUUCUUGUUGUUAACUAUCGGAGAAUUUUCAGGAAAAGUUGGUGUCACAAGAGCUGGUGGUGUCUUUGGUGUUAUCACAGCUUUUAUUGCUUGGUAUAAUGCCUUUGCUGGUAUUGCUAAUAGAGAAAACUCAUACAUUAUCGCAAAAGCUGUUCCAAUGCCUGGAUCUAUGGAAAGAUUGAAAAAUCGUUAA